GCAGUAAAUACUCAAACCAGUUGAGGUCAUCAUAAACAUACAAGAAGAAGAGUUUGAAAGAAGCCUAGUCUAAAGAGCUCUGCUUCAUGGCUACCUUAGAGAAGCUGAGAGUCUACAAGCAAGUCUGUCUCAAGAUACGCUCGAGCCUCGUCUCCGGUCGCGACGACUUGGUGAGCCCCACACUAGUAACGAGGAACUUUGUCGAGGGAUUCGUUGCAUCACUGAACGACCCCAUACUAUCCAAGCAUACACUGGAAAGGAAGAUCAGGGAGGAGGAGGAGGAGAGGGAAAGGAGCGAGAUCACUGGCUACAGAUCCUCUUCUUCGUACGGGAAUGGUGCAAGUGCUAACUGUGGUGGUGGUGAUCGGAAAAGAGGAGGCGAAGGGAGCUCUCCCGAGUGUCCCUUUAUAGAGCCAGCUGAAGGAUGGAGUACCGAGUAUUAUGAAACAAGAUGCCAAGUCUGUGAUUCUGAGUCACUCUGUGCAUGUCGUAAGGACAUUUCAUCAAAUGAAUUUGAAUUACGUCCUUUGGAAGAGGCAGCUUACAGGGCACACUUUAAUGGUGUUGAACAUUGGAAUUAUUUCACCGAUGAACCUGACAUUGGUCCAAUUGUCCUCUCAUUAAAGCAAGAACCAUGUGGAGAGAAAUUCAGAAUAUUGGUACGCAGUUCCGAUCAUUAUCUUCAUGGUCUCAUACCAGUUGGUGAGCUGGAUGUCACCCAGUUGAGUCGCGAGGAGGUGGUGAACGCCAUCUCCCGUGCCAUGAAUCUGCAGACGUCCUUCAAACCGGCUGGGCUACCAAACAUGGUCGAGGAACUGCUUAAAAUAGACGAGACUUUUGUCAAGAAUAAGCACAAGGUUGGUCUCCUUCGUGUGAAGGCCGGUCAGACCAACGAGGAAGAGAUAUUCUCUAAUCAACACGAGCCGGGACCUUUUGAAGAGUUCCUGGGUCUUAUGGGAGACCGUGUGAAGCUACAGGGGUUUAAAAAGUUUCUCGGAGGCUUGGACGGUGACAGGAACUUCACCGGAGAAGAGUCUGUGUUCAUGGAGUAUAAGAAUAUGGAGGUUAUGUUUCAUGUUGCAACUUUGAUGCCUUUUAGUGCUAAUGAUCCACAACAGGUUAAUAAAAAGCGUCAUAUCGGGAAUGAUAUUGUUUGUGUAGUUUUCCUUGAGAAUUCUGAAGCUGUUUUCAAUCCUUCUUGGAUUCGCUCUCACUUCAUUCACUCUUAUGUUGUGGUACAACACAUUGUGGGAACACAUGGGCAGCCUCUAUACAGAAUUGGGGUUACUAACAGGAGCUCAGUCCCGACGUUCUCUCCUGAUCUACAGUUCAUACCAACCAUGCCUCAUUGCAAGCCGCUGCAGCACAUUCUACUCUCUAAGAUCAUCAAUGCAGAGAGAGCAUCUUAUCAUGCACCAAAGUUUCUUAAACUAACGAAUCGGUCCAGGGCACAGCUACUUAUAGAGCUAACCGCUUGCUUGACGGAAUUUGAAAUGGCAACGAAGAACUGCAGGGCAACUAGAAAGAUAAGUAGAAGGGGAACGUGGCUACCCAUAGGAAUUAGCAGGCCCCCCAGUCCAUUGCUGGAUCCAGUCAGAGAGAAGUAUACUAAUGAUGAGAAACUGGUUGAAGAUCUUAAGAAUGCUCUAGCCGGUCCAGAACUUGCUGAUGUGAUGUUUAUAGUUGGUGAGAACAGAGUCCCUUUAUUUGGCGUGAAGAGCAUACUGGCUUGUAGGAGCAGAGUAUUUAAGUCAAUGUUUAAAGAUGGCGUCAGUCAAACUCGAAUUGGGAGUCCUUCUGGUCGUAGGAGACUAAAUUCCAGUGGAGCUCGUGUCAAUACAACUGUCAGCAGUCCUCAGCUUCCUAGGAAGGCAAACGGGUUUCAACCCUCGCCGCAGAAGGCAAAGCUAAUGUCUGCGGUUAUCGUCAAAAAGAAAAAGACUUCGAAUUCCUCGGAUUUACUGGAUAGAUCAAUGAGUUCUUCACCAGAGCCAAGAACGCCCUUCCUCGAAGAACCAAAGCAGAUAAUACAGGAACAGUACACCAUACCAGAGUUCAAUGAUGCUGUAUUCAGUCAAGUACUAAAGUACCUCAUCACCGGUAGCUGCUCCAUACAACCGUCAACCAUCGUCGGGAUCACUUGUGCCGCCGAGCACUUUGAGAUCCCAGAGCUAAAACAAGCUUGCUUUGAUCAGCUGUCGAACUGUCUGAUGGUAAAGUCGGUCUGUAAGAUACUGACCCAACUGGAGAGCUACCUCCUCUAUCGGUGUGCAAAGACAAUGGUCGUGAGAACUCUUGAGUUUGUAGACUCCAAUGCAGAAGAUAUACUGGUGAGCGAGGACUUUCUGAAACUGUCGGAGAAUAUGGUUCACUUGAUCCUAAGACGUGACAUUGAAGUGCAAGAGAUACUGAAAGUGAACGCAGCACUUGACUGGACCACUAAGAAUAUCAAACCAAAUCAGGAUUUUAAGAAAUUGGUUAGACCUCUUGUAAAACAUGUUAGGCUUCAUCUGAUUGAUGCAGGGGAUUUGAUGAAGAUUGUGGUUCCCUCCGGUAUAUUUGAAAUGGAGAAAGUGAUGACUGCUUUGGCCUAUCAGGUCGAUCCUAGCUCAGUAGAGACUAACAGUUAUUCAAUGUUUAAGCCAAAGAUCAAAAGCUCUGUACUCAGCUCCAGAUAAUGAUUAUUUAAUCCCCAUUCAUCUCUCUUUCUCUCCCUCUCUCUCCUCUCUCUGAUUGCUCAUUCACUUAUUAACUGAUACUGUAAUUGUUAUUCACAGUUUUACUGUUUGUAUCAUAAUAGUAUGUUCAAUGUACACACAUUCUUAGUGUCUGUGUGUGUCGUGUGCUGUUUUCUCAGGUAUUAUUAUUAUUAUUAUUAUUAUUAUUAUUAUUACGAUUAAUAAUAAUAUGACUACUAGCUUAUUAUCAUAAUACUAAUUGUUUGUAAUUAUCCUAUGAUUUCUUAUCACUCGAAUUCUCUUCUGAAUAACAUCACUUUAUU